AUGAAGGACGGAAUCUUGGGGUCGAUGGCACUACACCAUGUGGCAAAUGCAAACACGAAUUUCAAGGAGACAUCUAAUUUUGUGCACGAAAACUGUUUCUUUGAUGAUGAUGAUGAUGAUGAUGAUGAUGAUGAUGAUGAUGAUGAUGAUGAUGAUGAUGAAUCUGAUGAUGAUGAUGAUGAUGAUGAUGAUGAUGAUGAUGAUGAUGAUGAUGAUGAUGAUCAUGAUGAUGAUGAUGAUGAUGAUGAUGAUGAUGAUGAUGAUGAUGAUGAUGAUGAUGAGACAUGA